GGGCAAAAACCAAAACUAUCAUUAUCCAUUUCUCACUCAUCAAAAUAUCAACAUUCAUUUCUCUCUCUCUUUCUCCUUCUCUAGUCUCUCUCACAAGAAAUUCACAUUGUGAAGUUUAGUUACUACAUAUACUCAUAAAAUGGACAUCAAGAAAACCAAAGCUGCUUCAUCAUCGCAUUCUUCUUCAUUUGAUAAUCUGUUUGGUCCGAAAGGAUCAGCAUCUGCUUCUUCUUGUUCAACUAUACUCGACUCCAUUUUUCCUCCUCCGGUAGCAAGGAAGAAGGGCAGUCACACUGCUCCUGAAGUUCAAGGCAACAUCUCUCAAGCCACUGAUGAGAGGAGCAGCCAUGAAAAGAGAGAAUCCUCCUACUAUAGCUCAUCCAUUUACUACGGAGGCCAGCAACACUAUUCACCUCCACGAACCGAUGGUUCCUCCACUUCUCCAUCUCAUCAGCCCAAAGAAACCAAUGAUCGCACUGACAUAACCACCUCUACUUCAAGAGGAAAUUGGUGGAAAGGUUCUUUGUAUUACUAAGAUCAACCUAACUACUAGUCUACUUGAUUUCGCAAUGGCCAUAUGUAUCCACUGCAUUCAUAUCAGUAACUUUGCAGUGUGAUCUUCGGGUUUUGUUUAUAUGCUCUUCAUCUUUUUCGUGUGUAAUCUUACAUGUUGGGGAUUGGUAGUUAAAGAGGGCGGUUAGUGGACCGCAUCUAUGACUAAUGUAUCGCAUACAACAAGUAAUCAAAUACUCACAAUCAUCUCAGUAACAAGUCAUACCAUUUCAUGAUCAAUCAUCAUUUUGAUU